AUGUUGAACCUCGAAACGGGUGAGAUGGAGUACGGCACGGUCGGUGGGUACGACCGGGACCGUAUCUAUCUCGACAAGGAAACGGGCGAGGUGAGCAGCGAUCCCACAGAACCGGCCGGUUCGCGACGGCGGCGCACCAAGUUCCUUAUACCGAAGCAGUACCUUCGCAACCAGUGCGGUAUCAUUGCGCGGCGGCCACCGCCAGUACCGGCGACGCCGAGCGUCGGCUGUGCCAUGAUGGCGUGCAAGCAAAAGAUGAUACCGAUGAUGAAGGAGGAGAUUACGGUCGGCUACAAUAGAACCGCCCAUCUGCUCUUCCUGUUGCCACUGCUGUUCGUAACGCCGAAGCUGUUCGCGCUCGUCAUCUCGUUCAUCGAGAUGAUGCUGCACAUGUGGGCCCACCGGAAGAACAGCACUAACGGCAACCCGAACGUCUACUAUCGCAGCCCGAUGCACGUGGUGACGCGCAACUUUUGCGAGCUGUGCCGCCACGAACGUUUGAUGGGCCGGGUCGGAAAGCUGCAGGACGUGCGGAUGAAGCAGAUGCAAAACUACUUCCGGAAGGUUACGCGAAACAUUGCCUAA